AUGGCACCCUCGCGAACCGGUAUCGCCCCGAGUAUUGUCUGGCCUCCGGUAGUCGGGCAUGGUCGAAGCAUGACCGUGCAGGUAGUUGUGAUGGGUGUGGCCGGUGCUGGAAAGAGCACCGUGGCAGUAGAUCUCGCCACGUCUCCGGAGCAGACUUCGUCGACGGUGACGAUCUGCAUCCCGAGUCCAAUGUCGCCAAGAUGCGUUCGGGACACCGUUGACCGACGAAGAUCGCGUGCCGUGGCUCGACGCGAUCGCGGCCUGCUGUCCGGGCGUGCCGAUGCGGGACGAACAGGCGUCGUUGCCUGUCCGGGUCUGCGGAAGGACUAUCGGGACCGGUUGCGCCCGGACGGUCUUGACGUGCAGUUCGUCCACCUGGACGGUGAAUUCGAGACUAUCUCCGCAC